CCCAUAUUAGCAUUUAGCUCGUAAACAAUUCCCAGUCGUAGCGUACAUAGGGAGAAUCCAGUUCCUUCGUCGAUCUUUUUCGAACAUCAACAAGGUGAACUUUCUGUAAAAAAGCAUCGAAAUGCGCGAAUGCAUAUCAAUUCACGUCGGCCAAGCGGGAGUCCAGAUGGGGAACGCCUGUUGGGAGUUGUACUGUCUUGAACAUGGUAUCCAACCAGAUGGUCAAAUGCCAAGUGACAUGACUCUUGGAGGGGGAGAUGAUUCGUUCAAUACUUUCUUCAGCGAGACAGGGGCUGGCAAGCAUGUUCCUAGAGCAGUGUUUGUCGAUUUAGAACCGACGGUAGUUGAUGAAGUAAGGACUGGUACGUAUCGUCAGCUCUUUCACCCCGAGCAGCUCAUCACUGGAAAAGAAGAUGCCGCCAACAAUUACGCCCGUGGUCACUAUACUGUUGGUAAAGAGAUCAUCGAUAUGGUUUUGGAUAGAGUUCGAAAAACGGCUGACCAGUGCACUGGUCUUCAAGGAUUCCUCAUUUUUCACUCUUUUGGUGGCGGUACUGGUUCUGGAUUCACUUCGCUUCUUAUGGAACGUCUAUCUGUGGAUUAUGGAAAGAAAUCCAAACUUGAAUUUGCUGUUUAUCCUGCUCCUCAGAUCUCAACUGCAGUUGUUGAACCAUACAACGCCGUCUUGACAACGCAUACAACCUUGGAACAAUCUGACUGUGCGUUUAUGGUCGAUAACGAAGCAAUUUUUGACAUCUGUCGCAGAAACUUAGAUAUUGAAAGACCAACGUAUACAAACCUGAACCGUCUCAUCGGGCAGAUUGUGUCGUCGAUUACAGCAUCUCUUCGAUUUGAUGGCGCCCUUAAUGUUGACCUGACCGAGUUCCAGACAAACUUGGUCCCUUACCCUCGAAUCCACUUCCCCCUCGCAACCUAUGCACCCGUCAUCUCAGCCGAGAAGGCAUACCACGAACAGUUAAGUGUAGCUGAAAUUACCAACGCUUGCUUUGAGCCAGCUAAUCAGAUGGUAAAAUGCGACCCACGUCAUGGCAAGUAUAUGGCUUGCUGCUUGCUUUAUCGUGGAGAUGUUGUCCCAAAAGAUGUCAAUGCUGCAAUUGCUCACAUCAAGACCAAGAGAACCAUCCAGUUUGUGGACUGGUGUCCAACUGGCUUYAAGGUUGGCAUUAACUACCAGCCACCUACAGUUGUUCCGGGAGGUGACUUGGCRAAGGUUCAACGUGCUGUGUGCAUGUUGAGCAACACCACAGCCAUUGCUGAGGCCUGGGCUCGUCUCGAUCACAAGUUUGACUUGAUGUAUGCCAAACGUGCCUUCGUACACUGGUUUGUUGGCGAAGGAAUGGAAGAAGGAGAGUUUUCUGAAGCUCGUGAAGAUUUGGCUGCGUUGGAGAAGGACUAUGAAGAGGUUGGGCUUGAUUCCCUGGAAGAGGAUGAAGAAGAGGAAGAAUACUAAAAAUGGCUAUAAAAGCUCACCAUGUACUGACAAUUAAACUAACUUUAGUAUUUUUAAAACAUAAAURCCACUAAAUUGUAAGAUGCACUUUCUAAUUUUUAAAUUAGAAACAUUUUUAAAAAGGUUGAAAUAUACUGAACUAUGAGUUGAUUGUUGCUCCUGUCCUUAGUAUAAUCACGCAUAUCUUAAACUCAAGUACAAGAGUGAUUUGAAGCAGAACACAAAAGGCAGCGAGCCUCAGUUUUUUACAACAAAGCAAGACGAAAUUUGUAGUUCUCGUGCUCCUUAUAAGCAGAAAACCUGAAAACGGCUCUUAGAGAGAUUUUUUUGGGGGGGMUAAGCGGGACUGUAACUCUCAUCACCACAUAUUGCUUAUUGACAAAGUGUAAGUUGCAUGGGAAAAACUCGCAAAAAUCUAUUUGCUGCUCAAAUAAUAUAACAGCAAAUUUUAGAUGUUCCUUCAACAAAGAAAUCUACUACUAACUGAGGUUAAGGCCGAUUUAUUUAAAAUGUUAAUUGUUAUAGAUAAUAGAAGCUAAUUUUUGCGUUCA